AUGAUGCAUCGUUCAACUACCGGAAGUGGCCCAGUAGCUCAAAUUAAUGGUGGGGCUGCUCACGGCCCAGGAGCUCAAAUUAAUGGUGAGGAAGCUCACGGCCCAGGAGCUCAAAUUAAUGGUGAGGAAGCUCACGGCCCAGGAGCUCAAAUUAAUGGUGAGGAAGCUCACGGCCCAGGAGCUCAAAUUAAUGGUCGGGCUGCUCACGGCCCAGGAGCUCAAAUUAAUGGAGCUCAAAUUAAUGGUGAGGAAGCUCACGGCCCAGGAGCUCCAGUUAAUGGCAACAACAAUAACAACAACAAUAAUGAUAAUGGUCCUCGUAAGAGAAGGGAAAAAUUAAAGGAAAAGCUAAAAAAAUGGAAGAAGGAAAGAUUCAAUAAAUGGAAAGAGGAAAAGUUACUUAAAAGGGUCAAGAGACCCACUUUAUAUUUAGGAAUAGUACUGUGUUUCUUCCAAAUGUGGACCACAAUUACAGAUGCUGAAGCACGAAUCAAAAUCGUAUCUGCUGUGUUCACAGCUCUUUUCUUUGCUUCCUCCUCCAUUUUCUAA